AUGACAAAAGAUAAUAAUAAUAAUAAUAAUAAAAAAGAUGAAGAAGAAAUUAUUAUUGAUGAAGAAGAUGAAUUUUUAGGAAUUUAUCAUCUUAGUAAAGAAGAAUUAAUUGAUACUAUUAGAGAUAUAAGAGAAGAAUAUUUUGAAUUACAAGAGGAUCAUAAUAAAUUAGAAGAACGUUAUAAAGAUAAAUUAAAAGAGAUUGAAUUUAAUCGUAAAUUAUUAACAGAGAGAGAAGAUCUAUUAUUACAAUUACAAUGGGACCCAAAUCAAGAUACAACUUAUUUUCAGCAAAUGGGUACAUCAGAAAGUAAUCAAACCAAUGAAUUGAAAAUGAAGGCGUUAAUGGACCAAAUGAGAGUGAUGGAACGUGGUAUUUUUGAACGUGAUGAAAAGAUUAAACAAAUGGAGAAGGUGAUUGAAACUUUCACACUCCAACAGAUAAAUAGUGGUCUAUCACCACCCACACAAAUUAUCUAUCCCCAAUUCAAUACAAUUAGACAACAACAACAACAAUACUCCUCUGCCAGUGAACCAAAUUCAACCACCACUACACCCACCGCUAAAGGUUCUUUAGUCGAUAAACUUUCACAAUCUUCUUCAACUGUUGAUGCUGGUAUUUUAUCAACUGCCGAUGCUCCAAAUACUUUUAUUCCAAUUUCAAAGUAUCCAUUACCAAGAGAAGCUUCAACUUUAUUUGAAUCUUCAAAUUCACCACAGCCAUCUACAACUGUAAAUAUAGUUUCAGCAAAUCAACAACAACAACAACAAUCAUUAAAUAGAUCAACAAGUUUUUGGCAAUCACCAAAAGCUUACGUUUCUAAUCUAUUAGGCUUAUCAUCAAAUGAUCAAAUCUCUAAAAAAGAUGAAAACGAUAAAUCUAUUGAUGAUUCUGAAAGCUUUGAAAUUGAAACAACAAAACCAAAUGUAGUUCAAUCAUCUUCUGCUAUUAGAGUUUAA